UCACGGGCAAGGAAGAUGCUGCCAAUAACUAUGCCCGUGGGCACUACACCAUUGGCAGGGAGAUCACUGACCCGGUCUUGGAACGAAUUCGGAAACUGGCUGACCAGUGCUCGGGUCUCCAGGGCUUCUUGGUCUUCCGCAGCUUUGGCGGGGGCACCGGCUCGGGCUUCGCCUCCCUGCUGAUGGAGCGGCUCUCUGUGGACUACGGCAAGAAGGCCAAGCUGGAGUUCUCCAUCUACCCCGCCCCGCAGGUGUCCACCGCGGUGGUGGAGCCCUACAACUCCAUCCUCACCUCCCACGCCACCCUGCAGCACUCGGACUGUGCCUUCUUGGUGGACAACGAGGCCAUCUAUGGCAUCUGCCGGAGGAACCUGGACAUCCCGUGCCCAACCUUCACCAACCUCAACCGUCUCAUCAGCCAGACUGUGUCCUCCAUCACCGCCUCCCUCAGGUUCGAUGGGGCCCUCAACGUGGACCUGGCAGAGUUCCAGACCAACCUGGUGCCCUACCCUCGCAUUCACUUCCCCCUGACUGCCUACGCCCCCGUCAUCUCUGCCGAGAAGGCCUACUACGAAUACUUCAGUGUGACCGAGAUCACCAACGCCUGCUUUGAGCCAGCCAACCAGAUGGUGCAGUGUGACCCUCGCCAUGGUAAAUACAUGGCUUCCUGCCUGCUGUACCGUGGCGACGUGGUGCCCAAGGACGUCAACGCUGCCAUCGCCACGCUCAAGACCAAUCGCAGCAUCCAGUUUGUGGACUGGUGCCCCACGGGCUUCAAGGUCGACAUUAAUUACCAGCCUCCCACCGCAGUGCCUGGUGGAGACCUGGCCAAGGUGCAGCGGGCUGCAUGCACACUGAGCAACACCACGGCCAUCGCUGAGGCCUGGGCCCGCCUGGACUACAAGUUUGAUCUGAUGUUUGCCAAGCACGCCUUUGUUCACUGGUACGUGGGCGAGGGGAUGGAGGAAGGGGAGUUUUCUGAGGCCCGGGAGGACAUGGCUGCCCUGGAGAAGGAUUACAAGGAGGUUGGGGCAGAUGGUGCUGAGGGAGAGGACGAGGGUGAAGAGUAUUAA